AUGAAGUGCAACGCCAUCAUCCUCGCCAGCUUCGCGCUCGGCCAAUCAGUCAUGGCAUCAAACAUCCAUCGUCCUGGAGGCCACUUCCAAGUUCAAGCCUUCAAUGGAACAGCUCCUCCGUUCCCAUCUGGAACUGGACACCCAUCGGGAACUGGGCACGCAUCUGGUUUCCCUCGCCCAAGCGGAAAACCAUCCCACACCCACACCAAGUCCAAGAAGCCUUGUAAGACCAAGUCAUCCUCUGCGGUAGCAUCUUCUGGCGCAGCGACUUCUGCUGCAGCACCUUCUGACGUAUCAACUUCCGCUGCAGCAACUUCCGCUGCGGCCACUAGCUCCGAAGCUCCUGUCGUCACUUCUGCGCCAGCAGUCAGCUCCGAUCUUGUUCCAACAAGCAGUGUUCCAUACACAACUUCACUCACAAACCUCCUUUCUGAGACCGUCGUUGUCACUGUUACCCCAGAACCUGCAACUUCUCUUCCAGAAGCUUCAACCUCCACAGCCGCCGCUGUCCCAACAACUUUGAAGAGCUCUGCUGUAGACAACUCAUCAACAUUCAUUGCUUCAUCAUCCUCUUCCAAGGCCUCAGCAAGUUCUCUUCCACCAUACCCAACAACCUUUUCAACUGGUGCCUCCCCUACCAUUGCUUCUACCGGCUUUGCCUCUACCGGUUUCGCUUCUGGAACUGGUGCUGCCGCUUACCCAACAGGCUCCUUGGUCGCUGCCUACUACCGAUGUGGAGGAAUUGGUUACACCGGAUCAACCAACUGUGUUGAGGGUACCUACUGCAAAGUUCAGAACCCAUACUACUCCCAAUGUAUCUACGAGGAGUCUUAUUGGUCUUAG